GCGGUCACCUCUGUUCACCAUAAUUUCCCAGCAUUCCUUUCGCACUUCCUUUUCCUCCAUCUUUCUCCUCAGUGACGGUGGACUCACCUGGAGAAGACUAACCAUGCCUGGAAGACUGUGGAGUAAGGCUAUCUUCACCGGUUAUAAACGCGGUCUGAGGAACCAGCGUGAACACACGGCUCUCCUGAAGCUGGAGGGAUGCUACAGCAGAGACGAGGUCGACUUCUACCUCGGCAAACGCUGCGCGUACGUCUACAAGGCCAAGAAGAACACGGUGACGCCGGGCGGGAAGCCCAAUAAGACCCGUGUGAUCUGGGGGAAGGUGACCCGGGCCCAUGGCAGCAGCGGGAUGGUCAGAGCCAAGUUCAGCAGCAACCUGCCGGCUAAAGCCAUCGGACACAGAAUCAGAGUGAUGCUGUAUCCGUCUCGAGUCUGAGAGGAAACGAGCUGCAGAUUCUUUGUUUGUACAGAAACAAUAAAAACUGAUCAACGCUG